GCCACGCCCCUGCGCUCGGCCGGAGGAAGAUGGCGGCGGCGCUGGCGGGCGGCUCCCUGGGCCGGGUCCCUGCGCGGCUCCCGCCGGCCCGCGGCCGGUUCCGGGGCUGCCUGGCCGGGGCGCUGCUCGGGGACUGCCUGGGCGCCGCCUUCGAGGGCAGGGACGUGGUGGGGCUGCCCGAGCUGCUGCGCUACCUCCGCGGCCUGGAGCCGCCGGGCCGGGCCGGGGGCAGCGCCCAGGAGGCGGAGAGCAGAGAAACGCUCUGCUACACAGAUGACACAGCCAUGGCAAGGUGUGUGGUGCGGUCCCUGUUAGCCAAGGGAGAGUUUGAUGAAGUUGAUAUGGCCAGGAGAUUUGCUGAGGAGCAUAAGAAGGAGCCAGAUCGGGGCUAUGGGAUGGCAGUCGUCAAAGUGUUCAAGAAACUUCUGAGCCCCAAGUGCAGUGAUGUGUUUGAGCCAGCCCGAGUGCAGUUUAAUGGGAAAGGCUCCUACGGGAACGGUGGUGCUAUGAGGGUAGCAGGCAUUUCGCUGAUUUACCCUGAUGUUCAGGAUGUGAAAAAGUUUGCGAAGCUCAGUGCUGAGUUGACCCAUGCCAACUCACUUGGCUAUAACGGAGCCAUCCUGCAGGCUCUGGCAGUGCACUUGGCCUUGCAGGGAGAGCUCAGCCGGGAGAGCUUCCUGGAGCAGCUGAUCGGCCACAUGGAGGAUGUGGAGGCAGAUGAUAAAUCUUUGGCUGAUGCGCGAGCGAUGGGUUUUGAGGAAUUACCAUUUUCAAGGCGUCUUAAGAAGAUCAAGGAAUUUUUGGAGCUUAGCACCAUUCCUAAGUCAGAUGUAUUGCUUGAGUUAGGCAAUGGCAUUGCUGCUCUGGAGUCUGUCCCCACUGCGAUUUACUCCUUCUUGCGCUCCAUGAAAUCCGACCCAGAUAUUCCUCAUCACUACAACAACCUACAGAGGGUCAUCAUCUACUGUAUCUCGCUGGGUGGAGACACAGAUACUAUAGCUACCAUGGCUGGAGCCAUUGCAGGAGCGUAUUAUGGGGAGGAGCAGGUACCCCCGUGCUGGGAGCAGAGCUGCGAAGCUUUUCAAGAGACAGAGAUGCUGGCAAAUAGCUUGCACGAACUCUACAGCCAACGACUUUGAGCCACAGAAGUGGUGUCUUGUGCCAAGGUUAAAGCAAGUGCUACCUCUGCCUCACUGAUCAGAUCCAUAGCAAAUGGGUCGACCUUGUCUUUAAUGAUCUGUAUCCUGGCCAACUCCAGAAUGGCACUUGUUUUCAUGUGUCGUAUGGUAGAAGUGAGACGUGGACCUUGUUUUUCUGUUACAAUUGAUCUGGAGGGUGCUUGCACGGAGAGCUUUGGACGAUGGAAUUUGUCCCACCAAAGCACAAAGGCAAUAUCUGGUUUCUGAUGAGAUUUCUGCUUCUUACCAAGGCCGCCUUUCCUGUCAGUGUCUCAUUCUGUCAUACGACUUGUCCAAGCUACCUGGGUCUAAAUCCAGGAACCAUCUUCCUGUCAUCUGUUUCCAGAUUCCACAGACUUCUAUUCAGAUGUUCACAGUCUAACCUUCAGGAAGCACUUGGGUUGCACUGUACCCAUGUUUCAAUUCUUUUGUUGUCUUUACUCUCUGCAUUACACCUGUGCCUGCCUCCCUAAACUUUCGAUUGCUUUAUGCACCAGAUUGCGACCUUCCAGAAUGCUGCUCUUGCUCUGCUCUCCUCCCAGUGCCUAAUCAGUAGUGUGCUAUGCUUGCACCCCAUUCUGUACACCUGGUGUCCAGUGCAUGUGGCAAGGUCACUAGUAAAUCAGUGGGAAGAGAUGUAGUAAAACCUAGUGGUACCUUAGGCCUAAAUCUUGGGCCCAGGGAAGUCAGUGACAAAAAUCCGAGUGACUUCUGUGGGAAGAGGAUGCAACUCUAAUUGCUUUCAACCUCUGCACGUGGUUGGGAUUGUCUAUAAGUGGACAGAAGGACAGUUUCAGUUGAGAAUUCACUUCUGUUAAGAAAGGGCUCAUGUACUAGGAGACCCUACAAAUGGUAGAGGAUGAAUUAGAAAACAGUAUUCUGCAGCAGGGUGUUUAAAAAUGUGCCCAGUCAAGCAGGCAGAGAGGAAAUAAUCUGAGUCUGUAUGCAAGCUGAAUUGUGUAAAUAAUGUGUUUUGAAAUGUCUAUAGUAAUUACAGAAAACAAAGAAAUAAAAACCAUCCUGUUUGCAGGCAGCUAUCAUAUGGAAAUGGGUAUAAAUCUAAAUGUUCCAAAGUAAUUUUACAUGUAUAUAUUUUACUAAAGCUGGGAAGUGAACACAUUACUAAUAGGGGGCUUAUUUCCUGCUGAUGUCGGCAGAAAGUUAUUGUGUGUACAUGUGAACAAUCUGGUUGUAAUUGGGUUAUUCCUCACCUUUCCUGUACUUUGCUUCCCUAGAGUACCAGUCUAUUGCGUGAAGCUUUAAUGGAUUUUCCGUGUACACACAUGACUAUUUGUCCUAUAAAUAUGUGGAAUUAUGGGCCCACUAUAUUUAUAGACUAUGCUGCAGCUCUGAGAAGUAAAACAUGUCUUCAAGAGAUUCUGCAAGAGACUUCAGAAUUUUCAAGGAAGACAUUUAAAAACAAAUUUUCUGUUUAAACUGAUCUUGUUUUUCUUUUGAGUGGAAAGAAGUUGUGGAGCUUGCAUAAGUUAGCUGUUUAUAAAGUCUAGAUUUUCCUAAGCUAGGAUUGAAAUGUGCACCAUAAAACAUGCAGAGGCUGUAUUUCUUAAAAGUAAUCAAAUCACUUAGGAUCGUUGAAGGAAAAUACAGGAACAGUGGCUAAUUAUCAAAGUAAAGGAGUUGUGUUGCAUAAGUCAGCCAUUAGCCUGGAGACUUACCUGAUCUCAGCCUCUUUAGGUAGCAAACUAAAGUUUGGACGACUUGGACAAAGAGAUGUUCUUUAUACGUGCUUCGCCUGUGGAGCCUUUCCUAGCUGGGGUAGAAAUUCCUGGCCAUUCAACUGUAGCUGAACUUGGAACCCAGUAGGGAAAAUCUGUAUGCACAUUUGCGCAGACUGAUUGGACUGGAGCCUGUUCUCCAGCGGUGGUGUGUAGGGAUGGGAUUUUCCUGUGUGGAAACCUUGUGAAUCAGUGGCAGGCUCUUGAAAUGUUGCAGUGAAAGUGAUAGCUCAGCUGCAGAAGGCCUUGGUCAUCUUCUGUGUCCUCUUUCACAGCUCUGCCAACCAGGUCCUGGUCUUUUCCUGGGUCCUUUGACGUUCAUGCAGAGCACAAUUCAUCUACUGGUAAAAAGCUCAGUGCGCUUCAGCCAGAGCAGAUGUUAGUCCCCAGCAGCAUUUCCCAUAUGUCCAAACAUCUGUGACCAGACAGGCUCCCAGCAAAGAAACUGCACUCAGACUUGUGUAGUGCAUGUGAUGAGGAGUCAUUAACAUCACUGGAGCUAUAGUUGAUGGGCUGAGUAAGGGACUUGGAGCCAGAUUUAUAAAUGAUGCCUUAACACAACAGGAAAACCAUUACUUUCCCAUCACCUUCCUGUCUGGGCUCCCCACAUUCUUACUGUAGCUUUCUAGGCUUUCUCAGUAUCAAAUUUCCUCUGCAGUCACCUCCUGUAAGCUGCAGUAUAAUUGGCUGGAAAGUGCCCUGUGGGUGUCACCUGUAGCUGUAAUUUGCCAAGCCCUGCUCCACCUGUGAAGCUGGGACACUGCAUGAGACCAUUGGGUCUGUUGGCUGGAGCAGAGAGAUCUGUCCCCUCUCCUUGGGUUUCUUUGUUAUAAUAUUGCAGACAGCUUUGAAUUUUAGCGCGACUAGUUAUUUCAGUGCAGAGGGCAUUUAGCCUUUACCCUGCGUUAUGUGCAAAGGUGUUUGUGCUGAUGCCAUCACAGUGUGGGAUUUGGGAAUGAUCCUGUGUGCGUUUUCCCAGCUCUUGCCUCGCCGAUGAUAACAGUUCUGAAAUUAGCCCUGCUCCCAUCUCCCUUCACAUGACUGAUUUUGGCCUUUACCGAGCAGCAUUGGUGGGGGAGGCUGUACUGGGUGCAAAAAUAGUCCUAAGUGCACUAAUGUGACAAGUUUACAGUAAUUUUACUAGAUCAUAACUGCACUUUAAAUGCCACCUUUGGGCUUUAUUGUAUGUCAUUCUAUUUAUAGUUUUACCCUCUGCCUAUAUAUUUCCAUGUAUGGGGGCAGCCAGCCCCUUGCGAGGCUAAAUUACAAGGGGAAUCAUAGGAAAAGCUUUAGGCUAUUCCCCCCCCCCCCCCCCCCCCCCUUCUUUCAACACUCAGCCUGAAACUGCUUUGUUACGGUUUCUUAAAAAUGUUUCUCCGGAAAGCAGGCUGAAAGCAUUUCCAGGCCAAUUAGUGGCAUCUUGUGAGGAGCCAGGCCUCCUGCUUCAUUUGCAGUAAGUUUAAUUCUUGAAAUCUGCUGUAAAAACUGUUCUCACAAUGGCUGCUUUUGUUUAGAAGCAGUGAAUGGCGUGAGUGUCAUGGUAAAAGUGCGGAACGCCUGUUAACGAUAGAGGCAGUUUAGUGCAUCAGUCAUACCGUGCCCUGAGUGGCAAUUGCAUGCCCCCAAAGUAUUUCAGUGCUGGAGUUUUCGCUCCAGAGUCUUGCUUGUAGAAAAUAUUUGCAAUAAGGAGCAAUGGGUGGAAAGGAGUCAACUGCUGGAGCCUUGCUGCUAGAAUCAGUUCAGAUUAGUUAUUAUGUAUAGUGCACCAAAAGUGUCUUACACCCCUAAAUGUAACAGGGUUUAAAGGGACAUGUCAACUUAAAAUUCACAUUUCUGCCUGAAAGUGUUUCGUUAGCUAUAGUUAACAACAUUCCCAAUUAGGAGAGAAGAAAGAGAGAAGAAAACUGAUGGCAUCAAUGAUGCUUAAAGCCCAAAGAACUGAGCUGCAUUCUCACUGGCUUCUUUUAAUGGGGAAGAAGGUAAAUGGGUAGCAUGGUCCGUAUACACAGUGGAAUUUGUUAUGGUGGCAAGGGUGGUCAUAACCAGUUAGCACAAUCUGGUACUCUUCAUAGUUUUUGGAAGCUUGAAUAGAAACUCUGCAUUGUUACUUCAAAUUCCUGUCUCCUUCCCCAGCAUAGAAGGCACAUGCUGCUCUCUCCUUGAGAAGUAGCUUGGGAGUGAUGGGUGAGCUCCUGGCGUUGGGUUCUAGCAAAACCCCAUUUUUCCAGUAAAGGAAACUCGAGCACUCACUCUUGUGCCUUAAAUUCUUCAACCUAAUAAUUGCCAGGUAGAAGAGGAAAAAAUGUUGCAAUAUUUGGAAGGCUCCAAAUUUCACCAUCUUCCUUUAAGGAACUUCUGGACUGUGGCAGUGCUGUAGUGGCAACGUGGAAUAAGUUUUUCCUAUGUUGAUCAGGGAGCAGGAUAGAUGCCCUCUCCUAUUAUCAUUCUCUCAAGCUACGUCUGAAUUGAGUGGGCAGCCUGGAGGUGACAGGCUUUGAAUGAAAGCUGAUACCCUGAGCCUAUGCCAGUUCUGCGAUCUCAUUCCAGUUCCUAGGGGGUCAGUUACGUUACCAAAAUCAACCCUCACCUUUGCCACCAAUUGGUCCACUCAGUGGCAGUCUUAACAGAUAAACCAUGGACUGAAUGGGCUGUGAAGGCUUAAGUACCCCUUCCUUUGGGUGCACAUUGGUGGGGUGUUGUGGGGAAACCUGUUUCACUGCCAGUGACCAGGAUGUGUUCCUGUUGUAUGAAGAGAAGUGAGGACUUCUGUAUCUAAGGCUGUGCAUAUUACAAAGGAGAGCUCAUAGGGCAGGCAGGAUACUAUGAGCUGAGACCUUCGAUUAUGGCCAGACUUAUACAAGGGUAUUUCAGAAGUAGUACUUUGAAUACAGAAGCUUCGUCUUGUGGUUUGGGUGCUGGCCGGUGCUACAGAAAGUGUGGGUUCAAAUCUGAGCUCUGACAUGGGCUCCCUGGGUGAGUGGAGGACUAUUCUUGUGCCUCAUGUCCCCAGGACAAUGGCUAUAUUAAUCUUUCCUUCGCCUGUUCAGACUGUAAGCAGGAGCAGGGGUUGUCUCUUACUAUGUGUAGGUGCUCCUGCAAUACAAAUAAAUCAUAAUAGGACAAAGGCACAGCUGAGAUGAUCUUUUAUACAAUAAGUUUUAUUGAUGUUGUAUCAAUACAAUCAAGUACUGUAGUUUUAGUUCUGAAGAGGCCAGUUUCCGAUCACAAUCAAAGAGAAGGCAUUUUAAACCAAUUUUACUAUGACAGACAGUGCAUGUAAUAGGUAUUUUUACAAAACUAAAAUCCUCUAUAUACUAGGUUAGAAAAGAAGAUACUCGAGGCAAACUUUAAAAAAAAGUAAGAACUUGUAUAUAAAAAAUGCACACUGUAAUGUAGUUUUCAUAGUUAAAAAUUGACAAACUUCAUCCAUCCCAACCAUAUUUUGUGUGUGUGAGACUGAUACCAAAAUCCCAAGUGCUCACACCCAUGACAGAAAAUAAACCUUCCCGCUGGCAAAUAUUACAUACUAAAUACUUCAAAAGAAAUCUUCCUGACAAUAUCUGGUUUAUUGAACACCUUCCCUCCUUCACCCUGUGCAUCGUUUCCUAGCCUCCCUGUGUGUGUAAUAUCAUUGUCAUUCAAUUACUGUGUAAACGUAACAGGUUAUAGAGCUGCAGAAGGUUGAUUAUGGUUUCUGCUCUGCACAUGAAGGGAAAGUGAAAUUGCGAAAUAUUUUCUACAGAACUGAAUGAGUUAAGAUUUGCAUUUGGUUAUAAUGUGCAUUUCUGUCACUGUUUUUGCCAGCCAGAACCAGAGGACUGAAUUAAUAACAAAACCAAACCAGGACUGAACGUAGGUUAGAACACAGUAUAAAUAAGUUGCUUUGUCGAGUAACAGGCUUAAACUUCCACCCUUGAGUGAAUUUUCAACGGUGUGGAAGUUUCUUACCCUACUGCAGGUAGCAUAUGUAAGUUACCAUCUCUGCCUCUGGCAGUGUUAUGUGGUACAAGGAGUGAGACCUCUUUGCUCUGAAAUGAACGGGUCUGCUCUAUUAUCAACUUGAGUUCAUUGUGGUUCUCUGCAGGAAAAUACAUUUAAACCAAGGAGACAGAAGCCCCACGCUGGCACUGUCCUUUCAAGUGUAGAUUUGAAGAGAGGAAUUGAGCUCCUCCUCUUCAAAUUUUAGGUCUUUACUUUAUGGUUCCUAUUUCGAAUGGGAAAUCAAAGAACCGAUUACCAACAGAAUCUGGGCCAUGAAUGGCUCUGACAUUCUUCUGCCUUCAGGAAUUAAAAACAUCUGACAGAAUUCAAAAUACCAGGCCGUAUUUGUCUUUGUUAAAAGUUCUAUCGCUUCACAACCUGCUUCUGUAAAUCAGAAUAAAAACUAAAACAAAGGGGAGGGGAGACUCAAUUCCAGAAAGAUUCUAUCUGAAAUGUUAGGCUAUGGUAUUGUUUUUUCUUUAGCUUCCUUCUUUUUGUUUCCUAUUUUGUAAUUCAGGGAGGGUGUGUUUUUAUAAAUGGAAGCCCUGGAUGGCAAGACACACAAACACAGUGUAGUUUAAGAAAAAAAAAAUCUAUGUUUAAAUAGUUAUCUACAAUAAAUCUGGAGAAUAAUAUUAA